GGCUCCCCGGCGCGCGCGCGCGCGCGUGCGGCGGCCCCAGGUACGCGGACAAGAUGGCGGCGGCAGCGGUCGACAGCGCGAUGGAAGUGGUGCCGGCGCUGGCGGAGGAGGCCGCGCCCGAGGCGGCGGGCCUCAGCUGCCUCGUCAACCUGCCGGGCGAGGUGCUGGAGUACAUCCUGUGCAGCGGCUCGCUGACGGCCGGCGACAUCGGCCGCGUCUCCAGCACCUGCCGGCGGCUGCGCGAGCUGUGCCAGAGCAGCGGGAAGGUGUGGAAGGAGCAGUUCCGGGUGAGGUGGCCUUCUCUUAUGAAACACUACAGCCCCACCGACUACGUCAAUUGGUUGGAAGAAUAUAAAGUUCGGCAAAAAGCUGGGUUAGAAGCCCGGAAGAUUGUAGCCUCGUUCUCAAAGAGGUUCUUUUCAGAGCACGUUCCCUGUAACGGCUUCAGUGACAUUGAGAACCUUGAGGGACCAGAGAUAUUUUUUGAGGAUGAACUGGUGUGUAUCCUCAACAUGGAAGGAAGAAAAGCUUUGACCUGGAAAUACUAUGCAAAAAAAAUUCUUUACUACCUACGGCAACAGAAAAUUUUAAAUAAUCUUAAGGCUUUUCUUCAGCAGCCUGAUGACUAUGAAUCAUAUCUUGAAGGUGCUGUAUAUAUUGACCAGUACUGCAAUCCUCUUUCUGACAUCAGCCUCAAAGACAUCCAGGCCCAGAUUGACAGCAUUGUAGAGCUUGUUUGCAAAACCCUCCGAGGCAUAAACAGUCGCCAUCCCAGCUUGGCCUUCAAGGCAGGUGAAUCCUCCAUGAUAAUGGAGAUAGAACUCCAGAGCCAGGUGCUGGAUGCCAUGAACUAUGUCCUUUAUGACCAACUGAAGUUCAAGGGGAAUCGAAUGGAUUACUAUAAUGCCCUAAACUUAUACAUGCACCAGGUUUUGAUCCGCAGAACGGGAAUCCCAAUCAGCAUGUCUCUUCUCUAUUUGACAAUUGCCCGGCAGUUGGGAGUCCCACUGGAACCUGUCAACUUCCCAAGUCACUUCUUAUUAAGGUGGUGCCAAGGCGCAGAAGGGGCGACCCUGGACAUCUUCGACUACAUCUACAUAGACGCUUUUGGGAAAGGCAAGCAGCUGACGGUGAAAGAAUGUGAAUACUUGAUCGGCCAGCACGUGACUGCAGCACUGUAUGGGGUGGUCAAUGUCAAGAAGGUGUUACAGAGAAUGGUGGGAAACCUGUUAAGCCUGGGGAAACGAGAAGGCAUUGACCAGUCAUACCAGCUCCUGAGGGACUCGUUGGAUCUGUAUCUGGCAAUGUACCCGGACCAGGUGCAGCUUCUCCUCCUCCAAGCCAGGCUUUACUUCCACCUGGGAAUUUGGCCAGAGAAGUCUUUCUGUCUUGUCUUGAAGGUGCUUGACAUCCUCCAGCACAUCCAGACCCUAGACCCCGGGCAGCACGGGGCGGUGGGCUAUCUGGUGCAGCACACGUUAGAGCAUAUUGAGCGCAAGAAGGAGGAGGUGGGAGUGGAGGUUAAGCUCCGUUCCGAUGAGAAGCACAGAGAUGUCUGCUACUCGAUCGGGCUCAUUAUGAAGCAUAAGAGGUAUGGCUAUAACUGUGUGAUCUAUGGUUGGGACCCCACCUGCAUGAUGGGACACGAAUGGAUCCGGAACAUGAAUGUCCAUAGCCUGCCGCAUGGCCAUCAUCAGCCAUUCUAUAAUGUUCUGGUGGAGGAUGGUUCUUGUAGAUAUGCAGCCCAAGAAAACUUGGAAUAUAACGUGGAGCCUCAAGAAAUCUCGCACCCUGAUGUUGGACGCUAUUUCUCAGAGUUUACUGGCACUCACUACAUCCCAAACGCAGAGCUAGAAAUUCGAUAUCCAGAGGAUCUGGAGUUUGUCUAUGAAACGGUGCAGAAUAUUUACAGUGCAAAGAAAGAGAGUGUAGACGAGUAGAGCCGAGUAGAGGCCAUUGUACCUUUGCUGCUGCUGCUGUCUUCCAGGAGAACAGGGUUCCGGAAGAAGACGUCUGCACGGAUCCCUCUGGAUUCACACCACCGGGAAAGCCACUUAACCAGUAGUGCUGGUUGCCUCCUACUCAGUUUAAAUAACGUGUGCUCUCCUCCAGCUGCAAAGACAAUGUUGCUCUCCGCCUACACUAGUGAAUUAAUUUGAAAGGCACUGUGUUCAGUGGCAUGGCUUGUAUGCUUGUCCUGUGGUGACAGUUAGUGACAUUCUGUCUUCAUGAGGUCUCACAGUCGACACACUCUUAUAAUCAUCCUUUUUAUUCACUUUCCAUUCUCAUGUCUGUCUGCAUUUGUCUCAGAGCAUUUCAUUUGUUGGAUACAUGGGGUUAUACAUUUGCAAUAAUUUCUGAUUUCUCAAUGGAACAUGUGCAAUCCUAAGUCAGGAUUGUUGGUGUUUUCACCCUGAAUUUAGUCGCAUAUUCAGAGGUGAAGUUGUACUCUAUCUUGGCAGCAUCGUGGAGAUGGAGAUAGUAACAAGCUAAUGGUAAUUAGAAUCUUUUGAACUUAUUCUUUUCUAGUAUGUGAAACAGAGAUUUCACGUGUUUGUCCUUUUUUAAAUUAAAAUUGGGAGAAUAACACAGUUAUUCUUUCAAAUUCCUCUUUUGGAUUUAUGCACAUCUCUACAAAUCCUUAGUUUUCUAUUUUAUUACAUAACAUUCUUUAAGAAAAUGCAUAAUGGCCUUUGUGAAUGGGUUUUUCCACAUUCACCUACUAUUUCUCCCUCUAAAAUGACUACUUUUUUAUUUUAAAAAUCUGCGCCAGUAUCAUGAGUAGAUCUUAAAUCAAUGAUGGGUUCUUUUUGUAGUGAGAUUUACAAAUCUGAUGUUAAAAUGUUUGCUCUUAGAAAUCACACUUCAUGGUCUCCGAAGACCAAACAAAUGAAAUUUCACUUUUGUAAUCAGAAAAAAAAGAAGAAAUAAUGACCUUAAUCUUUUUUUUUUUAAAGAAGUUUCAUGCCCCUCGUCAUUCCUUCAAAUCACUUCAAGACUUUUUAGAAUGUGGCGGGGUAGAAACAAAUAGAAUGUUUUUAAUUCUAAGAGUGUUGGAUUAGUGGGAAAGGAGGCAUGGGAGUGAUCUGCCUUCCCAAGCCACCAGUGCCCUGGAGGCCCCAGGAUGAAGCCUGUUCCCAAGCCUCACAGGGAAGUCCAGCAUUGUAUUCAGACACCACUGGCUCCUUUUCCAUGUCCUCAGUAACUGAGCGUGAAGGUACCAAGUCUUUAUGCAGCUCUGGAACUCCCACCACUCUCGACCUGCCAGUUCUCCAGCAAGAUAAUCUUGUAAUUACCAGUAGAAGCUACCUUCUGGAGUUAGGACCAGGUUAUUUUGCUCUCUACCUUUCAAGUAAUACCAUAGUGAGUUGAGGCUGUAGGGGACUGUGAACCAGGCAGCCUCGAGGCCUGUCUGUCAUUGCAUGCAGUAUUCUCACACCAUGCUGAAUGACUGCUUCGUAUUUACCCUUUGGAAACCCUGGCAUGACCGAGGUUUGGGGAAGCCGCCUGAGACCACUUCAUAGCAAGUGAAGGCUAUUAAGCAGUUAUUAGAGAGAGAUGGGGACUUGGCCAGCUGGUUCCUUCCAGCCUAUGUUAGCUAUUGUCCAGUGUCCAUGUUCCUCAUCAGUCAAAUCCAAAGUCAGAAAGAUUUGAACUUGCAUUUGAAAAUGUGACCACUCACAGCACCUAACCUGCCUGAGGUGGGGGGAAUUUUACACUACUCUCAUUUAAAGGUGAAAAUUAGAUAAUAUGGAAUUAAUAUUAAUGAGAUGCAUUACGAAGAAACUGUGGAGCAUGCCAAGAGUUAUAAUAGUUGGGUUUUUGGUUUGAUUUCCUUUUUCUUAGAGUAACAUCAAAGCCAAGAAAGAUGGUUUUACCUUUACUGACCCAAUUAAUUGUAAAUAUGUAUCUAGACUUUUUAAAUGUGUUUCUUCAUGAAUGCUUCAUUUGGCUCCAGGAAGCCUGUAUCACCUGUGUAAGUUGGUAUUUGGGCACUUUAUAUUUUUCUAAAAAUGUGUUUUGGAUCCUGUACUCUAAUAAAUCAUAAGUUUCUUUUAAAAA